UUUGGAUCUUACACAAACAGUACUCCUACAUGAAUAGAUAAUUUCUCUCUCUGUCUCUGCCUUUUCUGUAGUUGAAAACCUUUUACUUUGCCUCUCUCUCUCAGUUCAUGUGAGGAAGGAGCGUUUGGUGGGUGAAGAAAGUUGGAUAUAGGCUGUGGAUUUGAGGUGGGUUUGCUUUUAAAUUUUGUUUUUGUGGGUGAUUGAAGGUCUAAAAUGGAGAGAGAUUUCUUGGGUUUGGGCUCGAAAGAACCAUUGGCUGUGGUGAAGGAGGAGGUUAACAAUGAUGGGUGCACAGAGCCAGGUGUACAAUGGCAAUUCUCAAACAAGGUCUCUGCCCUUUCUCAUUUGAUGUCUUUCAAGCUUGUUCAACAAGAGAAGACUCAAAAGAUUGCCUCCGAUCCCCUCAUAUCAUCUGGAUUUAUGAAUAUCUCGACUGCAGAUGCUUUUGAUACUAGUCAAAACCGGUCUAAGGGUGAAAUCCAGAAGCCCUUCAACCAAGAUAGGCAAGGUGGCACUCAUUUUUCCCUGACAUCUUAUCCUGUGCAACAUGAUGUGCACCGGCCUCAUAAUGUGAAGAUGUUUUCUGUUUCAAACCAAGCAAUUUCAGUUUCCGUUGGAAACCCUUUUUUCAAGAAUCAUUUUGCUACUGGUCAGAAUUUGGCUGGUGCCACUGUGAAACAACCAUUACUUGGAGGAAUUCCUGUUGCGGCUCCACACUCGAUUAUUCCCACUGUUGCUUCCAUUGCUGGGAUAACUGAACCAUGGAACGGCGCCAAGGCUUCUGGGUCUCCUGCUCAAUUGACCAUCUUUUAUGCAGGUGCCGUGCAUGUCUAUGAUGACAUAACCCCUGAGAAGGCUCAGGCUAUUAUGUUUUUGGCUGGGAGCUCUGCUAUAGCUUCUAACACAGCACAUCCAAAAGCUCAAGUUCAGGCACCUAGCUCAAAAUUGGCAGCUGGUGAUAGUGUUCCUGCAAAUCAGCCCAUUAACACACAACCUUGUUCUGGUCUUUCUAGCCCUUUAUCUGUUUCUUCACAUACUGGUGCCCAGUCAGGAAGUGGGUCCACGAGCAAUGAUGAAUUGAUGGCAGCUAAAACUGCCGGAGUUCCAAGUACUCCUGUUAGCAAAGUGGAGCCUCAGAAAAUAGCUAAUGUGGUGGGAUCUGUCCCCGUUACCCCUAUAUUUCCAUCUGCUGUUCCACAGGCACGGAAAGCAUCCUUGGCUCGAUUUUUGGAGAAGCGCAAGGAGAGGGCAAUGAGUGCAGCGCCAUACAACCUCAGCAAGAAAUCUCCUGAGUGCAUUGCCCAAGAAUGCAAUGGUGCCAAUUUCUCUGCAAGUCCUAGUGCGGCCACUGGCUGCUAAAGAUGUAUGAGACCAAAUUAGAAAGGGAUUGUUGCAGAUUUAUGUAGUAAGCUAAAGAUGUAAGCAGAAUCAAUAUUAUUGUCCUUCCCAAGAACUGUAAUCCUGACAGUUAAAUUUCGGAAACUUACAUAAUUCCCUUAUAUAGUAGUUGUUGCAGAUUGUUGCUUCGGACAUGAAGACAUUUGGCACAAUGUGUAACUAUUUGAAGUGUACUAUUACAUUGUGGAACUAAUUCUCAUCCAAGUUUAUAUCUACUGUUUGUUCCACUUCA